AUGGCUCUCCGAUUCUGUGGUGGAUUAGUUUUUAACGCAACGAAACCUUUAUUUGACUGUUCGUGGAUGGUCGUACCUAAUAAUCUUAACCUACAAAAACGUUUCGCUGCUAGAAAAGGUUACAGGCAAAAAGCAUUACAAUUACAAAAAAAAAGAAAAAUAGAAAAAUUAGCUAAUGAAAAAGAGACGAAAAAACCAAGCAAGACGAAUGCAAGUUUUACUAACGUAACCGUUACCGAAGAAAGAAACAAACCGGAAAUACCCACAGAUGAUAUUUUCAUUGAAGAAGAAUUCAAAUAUAAAAAAUAUUCAAUUGUCGAAGCUGUUGAUAAUCAUAGAGAAUUUCAUCAUCCAACAGUUUUUAAUAAUCCAUAUGCUGAUGUAAAAGUAUCAAUCGAAUUCGACAUGACUAAAAAUCCCAAAGGAACAAAAUUUUUAAAAUCGUUUCAAGGGAUAGCUGCAAUACCGCAUCCCAUUAAUCAAGAACUAAAAAAAGAUAUUUUAGUUUUUUGUAAUAGUAAUAAAGUACAGGAAGCUGUCGAAAGCGGUGCUACCACUGCAGGAGCCACAUCGUUGGUUAAUAAAGUUAAAGAUGGAGAUGUUCAAAUAUCAAUUUAUGAAUUUAUUUUAUGCGAAAAAGAUUUUUUCCCAGAAUUAACACUCAUAAGAAAUAUAUUAAAAACUAGAAUGCCAAGAGCAAAAGCUGGUACUCUUACUGAUGAUUUACCAUCUGCCAUUCACAGGUUUAAACAUGGAAUACAAUAUUCCUGUACGAAACCUUUAUCAUUAGAAAAUUUUGGAAGAAUGGAAUGCAUUAUUGGUAAUUUAGCAAUGGAAUCGAAUAAAAUAGAAGAGAAUUUCAUUCAUUUGUUAAAAGAUGUAAUGAAUCACAAACCUAAAAGAGAUGGUGAUUUUAUCAAAUGGAUUUGGUGUACGAGUCCGCCAUCAAAUGAAAAAUUUUCAAUAGACGUGACGAAAUAUGUUAAAGAUGAUAAUUUGAAAUCAAAAUCAACGGAAUCCAAUCGAAAUUUUAAAGAUUCGAAUAAAGAUGACGAAGAUGGUGACGAUGAAGACGAUGAUGAUGAUGAUGAAAAAGCAGGUGAAAAAAUAACGGUCGCGGAAAAAGUUUAA